GCAUGAUUGACCAGACUCUCAAAGUGUUUCUGGCUGUUGCAGCUCUGGUUUUGAGCACCUUUAUCAUCGCAUCGCGUACGAUCAAAGGGGCUGUUUUGAAGCUGAUCAUGACGAUGCGAACCUUGGCACUCGGCCAAAACAACCAGAGAAACAGAGUCUCUUACGUAGCCGUCGACACUAGAGGUCGCAACUGGAAUCAGAUUUGCUUCUCUUAUCCCGACUAUUGGACCCUGCAUCGCCGUCCAAGAGAGCAAAGGGGCUUGCACAUACGGAGUAAGCAAGGUGCUUGUACGGAACAGGGCUAAGCUAAGGUAAUCUCUAGCCCACUAAAGGCAGUGAGCGGCGUCCAAGCGCCAGUGCCUUAGCCUCCACUCUCACCCCCAGGCCCGCUAACAUUUCAGUGGCUAAGUGCUACUCUGCCACUGCCACUGCCGCUGCUACUCAACACCUCCACUAAUCUCGUCUCGCACUUGGAUGGGCUCGCACUCCCAUUCCUGGCCGGGGCCUUCCUUGCCAUCUCCCGUCACGUCUCAUUUGCACCUGGCCUUGAUCCUAUUUUUCUGACCUUAACUCUACACCCUCCCUCGUCUUACUCAACUCUCUUUUUACUUGCCGUCUUUUCCCUUUUUACCUUUUUCUAUCUCGUCAGUAGUUUACGCAAGUCCCGAUCAUUCUUCUCUUUGAUCGUAUAUAUACACGAGUCUUACUCCUUUCUCUUUGCUGCGCGACGAGAAACACUCACUCUAAACCCCUUCCUUGGCAACUCGACUCGAUACGAAAAGCGACGAGAAAAAAACAAUCAAUCAAAGACAAUCCUCGAAAAACGACUAACCUCCGGUGAAAGGAGGUAAAAUCUGUCGAAAACCAAACAGACAAUACAGCAGAGCUCCAGCUCAGUCACUACAAUGAGUGUUAGUUUGCGCCUCCUAUCCAACCCUCUCCUGUCGAUCCCGCUUCAAUUUUGAGUGUGUCCCAUGCGAUGCCAAUUGAGCUUGUAGCCUAUCGCGACCUGCUGUUUUCUGUUCCAAUUGCUCUAGCCUUUUUCAUGAAUAAUCUGCUGACUUUUGUUAUAGUACGGGUAUGUUUUGCCUGAGUUAUUGCAUGUAUCUUACUCGGUUUGCUUACUGACUCUGACAACAGAUACGGUGGCCAAAAUCCAUACGAUUCCCCUGACCAGGGCUAUGGUGGUAACAAUGGCUACGGCAAUGGCGGUGGCUACAACAGCCCACCCGCUCAGGGUUAUGGAGGUAGCGUCGAGAUGGCUCCCCUUGCCCACAACGCCGGCGGCUUUGGCCAAGGCGACCCCAACGCCAUUCUCAAUGAGUGCCGCGACAUCGACCGUGGAAUCGACACUGUCGAACAGAACUUGGAACAGCUCCGUAUGAUCCAACAGCGAACUCUCGACGACGCCGAUAGCUCAGGUUCCAGUGCCGCCAGCCGCCAGCUCGACUCACUUUCCGCUGAUACCAUGUCUCUCUACCGUGAGCUCACCGAGCGAGUCCGCACCGUCAAGUCUAACCCUGAGGCGAAAUCGCCAAAGAACAACCCUCACGUCACCCGCAUUGACCGCCGUCUCAAGGCUGCCAUCACCCAAUACCAGCAGGUCGAGUCGCAGUUCCGAAAACGCACACAGGAUCAGAUGGCCCGCCAGUACCGCAUUGUGCGCCCAGAUGCCUCGGAGCAAGAGAUUCAGGCUGCUGUCGAGGACACUACUGGAGGUCAGGUCUUUAGCCAGGCCAUGAUGCAGAGCGAUCGCCAGGGUCGUGCCCGUGCUGCCCUGAGCGCUGUUCAGGACCGUCACCAGGCUCUCAUCAAGAUCGAGCAGCAAAUGGUUGAGCUGGCUCAAUUGUUCCAGGAUAUGGACACCCUCGUCGUUCAGCAAGAAGCUGCCGUCACCCAAAUUGAACAGAAGGGCGAGGAAGUCGUUGAGAAUCUCGAUAAGGGUAAUGAGGAGAUUGGUGUGGCCGUCAACACUGCCCGCAAGACACGCAAGAAGAAGUGGAUCUGCUUGGGUAUCUGUGUUGCUAUCAUUGUUGUUAUUGUCAUUAUUGUUCUCAUCUACAUAUUCGUCAUCAAGGGACAGAACAACAACAACAAGAAGCGAAGUAUCGAGGCAGCCAUUGGCAGCUUGCCCGUUAUGCACACAGCUGUCCUACCUGCUCGCUUAGCCCGUCGUGUUGCUGCCGACAACACAGCAUCCUCUCUGCUCAACAGUGUUGGCGGAGGGCGGUUCCAUCUACCUCAGCUAUUGCGGAACUAGGUAGGAGUCGAACGAUGAGAGAAUGGCUCGGAGGCGAUUGUCUUCGAAUGACGACAAGGCGAUACUUGUACUCAUUGAGGAAUAUAUACGCGCUCCAGGGAAGUGGGCCGGGAUCAUGUGGAGGUAAAAGCAGUGUUAGAGCUGUAUUUGUGUUUUGCGUAUUCCCAUUGGAUUUGGAUCAUAACUGUUGCUAUAGCCCGAUAGCCCGUCUUUCUUCUCUUUGUUGAUACAACCGGGUUUGACUCUGCCACUCUUCUGGCGUUUGAUUUCCUUUUCUCUUUGCAUUAGUUCGAGGCGUUUAUAGUAUGAACUUUUAAUUACAUUUCGCUUCCUCACUUGUGUUGGUACAUCGUGAUAUUUUGACUCAGAUCAAAUAUUCAAAUCGCUAGUUAACAAUCUGACAAGCUCGAUACCCAUACGUAUCAGACAAAACCUAUACGCCAAGCUGUAUUCAUUCAUAUUCAAAGGUGUCUGGUCCACCUGAAACUGUGAUGACCCAUAUUCUUACCAGGGCAUCUAUGUAUAUUAUCGAAGUUUCAAAAGUUUCAGUCUCGGAGAAUCACAAUCUGUAGGUGCGUUAGCAUGGUGCAAACGAUAACAGUAUGCAACUCACCACUGUUGGCACAUUUCCAUCUUUGCCGAUACAGAAUCUCAAACUCAUCAAAGCAAACGGAACUUCUCGAGUGAGUUCCUAUCAAUCGUUCCCUGCUUUUGCCUUCCCCUUCCCCUCGUCCUCAUUGUAGUCUACCACCGCUUCAUCAGGUGCACCGUCGUCUUCUUCUGCAUCGUGAACAUCUUCAUCCUGUCCUAUUACCACACGCCUCUUUUCAGCCUCAUCAACCACCUUCUUUAGCACUCCCAUCCGUCUGCGGAACUCUUCGGCCAAGACAUCGACAUCCUCACCUCCUAUGGCACCACUGCCAGAGCUAGGUAGGGACUCGGGUCGCAUUUCAACGGGCUCACGCUCGACGCCUUCAACACGGAGCAUUAAAGCGCCAGCACCUCCGUUCUCUUCACCCUCGCUCUGUUGGACAGCUACGCUUGAGUUUGUCACGGCGAAAUCGGGCGUUAGACUGGCGGCCCAGGAUACAGCCCAUCGGUUCGACUCGCCUUCGGGAGCUGGCGCGAGAUCUACGACAAGGGGUCGGUGCGACGGGUCUUGAGCACCGGCUGCGAGGAUCGAAGGGUCGUCAUCGGAGAAGACGUAGUGGACGCGAGGGUGCACAGUAGUAUUUGUAGUUGAGUUGGUCAGGAGAGUGAAUAAUGGUCCGAAAGGAGGCAUCGGGUUCUCGAUAGCUUCGUUCUCUUCGUCUGGAGUUUGAUUAUGAGAAAACUCCAGAUCCAGGCCUUGUCCAGAAGACGCCGUCGCAGCCUCCGGGGGAGACGGAACCCUAUCGGUUCCAGACAUCUUGGUAGAAUGUAUGUAUUCUUGAGCUUCUGUAGUGAUGAGCAGACGAUGUCCAGUCCCGGGGCAUCUUUAAUCGGCGAUGAUUUGUCCUUCGACACUGUUGUUUGUUCGUGUUAAG